AUGGGGGCUUGCCAGGCUCUCUCCUGCAUCGUCCUGCUCUCUCUCUUUGUCUCGUCAAGCGCUUCCAUCCUAAACGACGUGUGCAAGUCCUUAGGCGCAAGCAACGAUGACAUUGGCUACGACUACUGCAUCAGGUUCUUCCGAGCCUUCACAGUGCCAGCGCCACCGCCGACAAGCGCGGCCUCGUCAUCAUCGCCGCGAAGAUCAUCCGAGCAGAGGCCGCCAACACCCGCAACCGCAUCAACGCUCUCAAGGCCUUGGAGACGAACAGGAAGAUCGCCCGGCGCCUCUCCGACUGCCACGCGCUGUACUCGAGCGCACUGCACCUGCUCGACGCGGCGGCGAAGGCCGUCAAGUCGAGCCAUUUGCAGGACGCGGAGGCGAACCUCAACGCCGUUGGAGAACCCCGACGUGUGCGAGGAAGGAUUCCGGGAGCUGGGCGUCAGGUCGCCGGUGGCGGACGAGGACUACGAGUUCACCAAGGGGUGCUCCAUCGCUCUCAGUAUAGCGAGCACGUUGUAG